AUGACGACGGGCUGGACUGUAGUAGCAGCAUCCAAAGAAAAGAAAACAAAUUUGAAAGGAAUUUUGACAAAGAUUCAAGAGGACUUCACCAGUACCAGAGAUGAAUCUGAGAUUUUAGUUGGAGCAGGUGAACUAUGGUUCCGCUCACUGCUCCUCUUGCUGAGCUUGGUGACUCUGGCGAUGGCAAGAACAACAGUGCCACAGAGUUCCCGAUGCCCAAGUACCGAGGAGAGUGGCUUCCCCCAGAUGGUGAACAUCAGUAGCCAUAGCAUCAGUAGCCAUAACACGAACUUCAGAAAGAUCACAGAUUACUCCAACAGAUCCACCUCACCUUGGACUCUCCGCCCUAAUGAGGACCCUGAGAGGUACCCUCGCGUGAUAUGGGAGGCCCAGUGCCGCUCUUUGAACUGUGUCAAUCAUGCCGGGAAGGUGAACCUACACAUGAACUCCGUCGGCAUCCAGCAAGAGAUCAUGGUCCUGAAAAGGGAUAGCAGGCACUGUCCCCACUCCUUCCGGCUGGAGAGAAUCAUGGUGACCGUGGGCUGCACCUGUAUUCGGCCCAUCAUCAAGCACCUGAGCUGA